UGUCUGAAAGCAAUCUUCUAGUCUAUACCUUUGAUACUGCGUGACAGUGACAUGAUAUCCUUGACCGAAACCCGCGACUAGCUCAUUCCUGAGAGCGACAUGGCUGGCUUCCAAAACUAGAAUCUCUUUGUUUCCAACUUCAACAAUUUAGGGUAUUUUGCUAUAAGGGGGCUAUCGUAUACGGGCGGUAGCCCGGCCAAGUGCCUGCUAGAUGCAGUUAAAUCUGACAAAGAUUGAGAAUUGCAUCGAGAGAAGAUGCAUUGGAAACAAGGAGGGGGUUGCCGUGAUAGAGACGUUUGGGAAGACGUUUCAAGAGCUUGAGAAGCUCAAAAUAGAGCAGGCAGUGCUGUGCGAGGAAUGGGCGACAUUACGAGAGGAGCUGCAGGAAACACAGACAGGCACCAUUAGACUCCACUUGGAUGUAUGCGAAGACACACGUGUCCUCCUGGAGGGUGGACAACAGGACUGGGACGCAAAUGUAGUCCCACAUGGGGGAGAUAUCAUUUUCGAUGUCAAGGCUAUCCAACACACCGCGGAAAUCAAUCACCAUUUCAAGGUGACGAUGGAAACAGUUCAGUUUUCAAAGUUAAGUGAUUCGAAGAAUUGA